CAAAAGGACGCUGGAGGCCUUCAAUUAGGAGCUUUAAUUUUUUCGUACCAGUACUACCUGUAUAGCUGUGACUUUCAAGCAAAUUUACGCAACUCCAAAAUGCCCUCACGGCCAUUAUAUAAAAUACAAAAUGAGCCCAUCACAAAAUAUCUUUGUCUGUCUUUUUGCUGAUCAACCAUUGGUAUUAACGGCAGACAAUUUCAAAUGUCUUUAAGCAUUUUUCUUCAUCCCAGUGGAUGACGAAACGUUUUAAUUCAUCUCAUUGAAUAUGCCAGCACAUUAUAAAUUAAAUGGCCAGACUCGAUUACGAGGUUAGGAACUUUUCCGCGUCAGCCGCCUCUUCAAAUGAGUCAUUCCCAACUAGCCAAGCAACCGGUUUUUGGCGACAAACCCACCGUUUCUAAUUUGCAAAAUCCUGCCCAUUUAUAUCCCAAAAUUCUUGAAUAUUUCGCAGAUUUUUUGUAACACCAUUUAUAUCACAUCGGGUGGUUGUUGUACGGAGAUUCGAACUGGCCUUGUUCUGUUUGAAAAUAGAUUGGAAAUACAUAAGUGGAUAUUUGUUUUGAUUUUGGGCUAAAAUUAAGGGUAUGGGGGAAGCGAUGGCAGAGAAGCAAUCGGAGGAGACGAAGAAGAGAAGGCGUAAUAGAAUAUGGGGAUGGAAGACCUGGUCAAUUAUAGGUGUUGCUGUAAUUUUAGCUGUUUCUGUGGCCGCCUAUGGACGACAAUCAAAAAUAUCUCUGUUCGGUGUCUCUACAGAUGAUUGUACCUGUCUCGAGAGUCCACACAAGCUCUCUGGAAUUGUGGAGGAUUGUUGUUGUGACUACAAGACUGUUGACACUCUAAAUAACCAGGUUCUGCAUCCCCUGCUGCAGGAUCUUGUGAGAACACCUUUCUUCCGGUAUUUUAAGGCAAGGCUUUGGUGUGACUGUCCAUUCUGGCCUGAUGAUGGGAUGUGCCGUCUAAGGGAUUGUAGUGUAUGUGAAUGUCCAGACAAUGAGUUCCCAAAAAUUUUUAAAACAGCAGCUGGACAUCUUCCCACCGAUGACUUAACAUGCCAAGAAGGAAAACCCCAAGCUGUUGUUGACCGAACUCUAGAUAAAAAGGCUUUUAGGGGUUGGAUGGAAACAGACAACCCUUGGACACACGAUGAUGAGAGAGACAAUUCGGAGAUGACAUAUGUGAAUCUUUUGCUAAAUCCUGAACGUUAUACUGGAUACACUGGUCCAUCAGCUCAAAGAAUAUGGGAUACUAUAUACAAAAAACAUUGUCUCAAAGAUUUACCAGGAGACACUUCUCCAGAGAGGCGAGUCUUAUACAAGCUUAUUUCAGGAUUGCAUUCUUCUAUUUCUGUUCAUAUUGCUAGAGAGUAUCUACUUGAUGAAGAGAAGAAUUUGUGGGGACCAAAUCCAACUCUUCUCUAUGAACGGGUGUUGAAACACCCUGAUCGUGUCAGAAAUUUGUACUUCACAUAUCUUUUUGUCCUUCGAGCAGUUACAAAGGCAGGAGAUUAUCUCUCUCAGGCAGAAUACAGUACUGAUAAUUCAGUGGAAGAGCAAAAUACAUUCAAAUUAGUAAAUCAGCUUGUUAACAAUAAUAGGUUACGAUCAGCUUGUCCGGUUCCAUAUGAUGAGGCCAAAAUAUGGAAGGGUGAAAAUGGAAGAGAGUUGAAAAGUCAAGUUCAGUCGCAGUUCAAAACUAUCAGUGCGUUAAUGGAUUGUGUUGGAUGUGAAAAAUGUCGGUUAUGGGGAAAGCUCCAGAUCCUUGGUCUUGGAACAGCUUUCAAGAUCCUUUUCUCGGAGGAUAGCAAUGAUACAGUACAGCUACAGCUGCACAGAAAUGAAGUAAUUGCAUUGAUAAACCUUCUCUCUCGGUUAUCAGAGUCAGUUCAAGCAGUGCAUUCCUUAGGUCCAGAAGUUGACAACGAAUUCAAUAACAGACAUAUGACAGCCUUAAGUCUUCAGAGUGUAUAGAAAGUUUUGUGUUUCUUGCCUUAAACUUGAAGGCUUAACUAGCCUUUGAUCAUUCUGGCUUAAUACUGCCACCCUUGAUGUAAUCCUUGAGCUUGGGCAUGGCAAUUAGCGAAUUGUAGAUAAGUUUCUGAGAAUCAUGUAGCUCUGGAAAUACACGAUUAUUUUAGCAGUGAAAGAAAGCUCUUUAACCUUUAUCAAUCAUUGUUCAAAGAUGUUUGCACUUUUGCAAUGUAAAUGAAUUUAGAAUCAUACGCAGUCCUUGUGAGGAUUCAUAAAAUCAUGAAACUGUAACUAUUUGUUUUGAUUGUCUUCCCUGGAAGAGGAGGUUGUGAAGAGUUGUUUGUCUGAACUUGUUUUGAAGAACCCCAUGCCUAUUUUUCUUC